AUGUCCUCUUCGAACGGUUCUACAAACCUUUACGAUGCGGCAGUGGCGGCUGCCGAGUCGAAAGCAGUCAAGACUGAAUUGGAGGAAGCAAGAAAAGCGCAAGCGGUUGCCAAAGCAUUUUUGACCAAGACGUGCCCUGCCUUUAUUGAGUCGUUGGAUGGAAAAUCUCCCAGCACUACGGACCGUCUGAGAAAGGCGGGACGAAACAUAAUGGCAAAUCUCAAAUACGCCAAGUCUAGCGACAGCAAAAUGGAAAACGUAACUGGGGCCUUGUCGUUGUUGGUGGAAGAGUGCUCCACCAUGGCUAAUGUUAUUUCCAAGAAGGAAACUCGCAAAGUUCCCAAAGUCCGCUACGGCAAAACAGAGUUGCAAAUGCCAAUCGUAACACUUGGUUGUAUGCGCUUUCAGCAAUCCUGGAAUCGCGACGGGGCGGCAACUGUGGACAAAAUUGAUCAGGUAGAAAAAGAAUGUCAGGACAAUCUCGUCAAUAUCUUGAAGUACGCUGUUGACAUGGGAGUCACUCAUAUUGAAACUGCCAAAGGAUACGGAUCGAGUGAGCUACAACUGGGAUAUGCCAUCGAAAAGCUCUUUCAGGAAAAGUACUGCAACCGUGAGGAUCUCAUCAUUCAAACCAAAGGAGCCGUCGCGGCUGACAUGUCUAUCAAAGACUUUAAGGAAACAGUCGAAGCGCAAUUGGCCCGCCUCAAGCUCAAAUACGUCGAUUUGUUCAGCGUCCAUGGACUCAACUCGGAGGAAGGCAAGAUCCGUCAUAUUGGAUUUUCUACCCAUGGACGUGCCGAUCUCAUUCGUCGCGCCAUUGAAACCGAUGCCUUUGCCUACCUCAACUUGCAUCAUCAUUGUAUUGGAUCCUACACGGCUUCGGGUGACAGUGGCAAGCACGACUUGCAUGGAAACUACGACAAUGUCGAGCUAGCGCGAAGCAAAGACAUGGGUGUCUUUAUCAUUUCGCCAUACGACAAGGGAGGACGAUUGUAUGCACCUUCUGUCAAAUUUCGGGAAUUGACCUUGCCCGAGUUUGAACCAAUGGAAUAUGGAUCUUUGUGGUUGUGGCAGUACCAUUUGCACCAAAAGGAACACUCGGCUGCGGCCAAGAAUGGACCCAUGGCGCAUACCAUUGUCUGUGGAGCAGCCAGACCAAGUGACCUUGAUCAGCCCAUUUUGGCAAGCUUCAAAAUGAUCCCACAAGAGGAUGGGAAAGACAACGCUGAACUCCUUGCCAAAACUGUGCGAGUCUCGGAUCGUUUGAUGCAACGCAUGGUGGAUGUCUUGGGGCAGAAGUGGGUGGAUACGUGGCACGUGGGUUUACCCAACUGGUUCCAUGCCAAGUAUGGCACACAGCACGGCAACCUUGUAUGGUUGUACAAUCUGAUUCAGGCAUACGGGCUUCUGGACUUUGCCAAGGACCGGUAUUCGCCUCUGGAACCAAGGGGUCCCAAGUGGGACAGCGACAAGUCCAAGGAUGACAACGUUGCACAGUAUGGUCCUGGAUGGCACUGGAUGCCUGGCUGUGGUGUGGCCAACCAUCGUGAUUAUUCGGUAGAUCUCGGAGAUUGCCCUGCUGAAAACCGAGAAAAAUUACUUGAGGCUGUUGCAUUUGUGCAUAAGUGGUGCCAGCCGGAGAAAAAAGACGAAAAGUCCGAAGAAGAACCGCCGGCGAAGAAAGCAAAAGUGGAGAGGCCGUAUGAAUGGGAGACCUCAUAUGACAUGCGACCCUGGACAGCGUUCCCGGAACGUAGUUAA